AUGGGUGUCAAGCCAAUGGAAGCCAACUCCGUUGCAUCAUUAUUGGUGCAGGCAUACAAACUCCGCGAGCAUUUCAAUGGCAGCAUCGCAUUCUCAAUUUACGAGAAGUCUCCUGAUUUAGGAGGAACAUGGUUUGAGAACAAAUAUCCAGGUUCGUUUUGCACGUGUGAAUACACAAGCAAUGAAGCCAGCCAUGAUGUGACAAAAUCAUCGACUGAUCAAGGAUUCAAUCUCACUCCAGGGUGUGCUUGUGACGUUCCAAGCCACAUAUAUCAGUACCCCUUUGCUCUGAACCCGUCGUGGUCACAGUUCUAUGCAUCAUCUGAUGAGAUUCAAGCCUAUCUGAAACGUUUUGCUGGCGUUCAUGGACUCGAACAGUUCAUCCACUUCAACAGUAAGGUCAUUGAAGCGAGGUGGUCUGAGAAUUUAGCGAAAUGGAACGUCACGAUCGACGGGAUGGCAGAUGUUAUUCAGUCAGAGAUUUUGGUUAACGCAGGCGGCAUCCUCAACAACCCCAAACUUCCUAGCAUACCGGGUUUCUCAAGCUUUGCGGGUCAGCACCUCCACACGGCAAGCUGGGACUCCAGCGUAAAGCUUGAUGGGAAGAGGGUCGCCGUCAUUGGUGCCGGUGCAAGCGCCGUUCAACUACUACCCCAGAUUCAGCCACUGUGCAGCCAAGUCGAUGUCUACAUUCGAACCCCGUCUUGGAUCACGGCACCUGCUGGAAUCACCUUGGCUGAUGCUGAAAAUAUGAACCCGGUUUAUAGCAUCAAAGAUAUGGAGCGAUUUGCCAGUGAUGAGGACGCCUACCUUGAGACUCGCAAGGAGCUUGAAAACUAUUUCAAUGGUAACUUCCUGGCCUACUUCAAGAAGACUCCUGAGCAGAAAGAUUUGAAAGCUCAAUUCGAGUCACGUAUGAGGGAACUCAUCAUAGACAAAACCCUACAAGAAAAGUUGAUCCCGUCAUUCGAGGCUGGGUGCAGGCGGAUCAAUCCUGGUGAACAAUACCUCGUCGCGUUACAGGAACCCAAUGUCCACGCGAAUUUUGAUCCUAUCGAGAAAAUCACAGCUACUGGUGUCGUCGUGUCGGGAGGCGUGGAGCAUGCAGCUGAUGUUCUCAUUGCGGCCACUGGGUUCGACACUACUUUCAGACCUCGGUUUCCCAUCAUUGGUCGGGACGGUCUCAAUUUGCAGGACGUGUGGCGUUCUGACCCGGCCUCCUAUAUGGGAAUUGGUGUGGCAGGCUUCCCCAAUUACCUCACUUUUCUUGGCCCAAACACGCCUAUCUCAAAUGGUAGCCUAAUGGAAGGGUGCUACGACAAAGGGUUCGGUGUUUCGAUGUGA